AUGGAUUCCAUAGAUGGGGAGUCUGAAGAUGACCUCCAAGUUGAGGAGUGGGAGGAUGAAGAGGAUGAAGAGGAUGAAGGGGUUGACAGGAUGAUGGGUCUGGAAGCCUUUCAGAUGGUCCCACGUGAGCCAACUCCUCCACCAGCUUCCUGCAGUGAAGGCCAAGAUCGUGAUGUACUGCCAAUCUGCGAAAUGAAAGACGAGAUUUUGAAGCAGGUGGCUGAGAAUCGAGUAGUAACCAUCAUUGGUGGCACUGGAUGUGGGAAGUCCACCCAGGUACCUCAGUUCAUCAUCCGGGAGGCCGCAGCCAAACAGCUUCCCUGCAACAUUAUGGUGACGCAGCCCAGACGCCUCGCCGCCACCAGUCUGGCUCGACGUGUCGCGGAGGAGCUGGGCCUUUCCAUGGGGCUGGAGGUAGGCUAUCGGAUCAGGGGGGAAACUGUGCCCGGGGAGCAUCUGUCCUUUGUGACGGCCGGCUAUUUGCUGAGCUGGCUCACGGCCAAUCCCGACAGCGCCAAGAGCAUGACACAUCUCAUUCUGGAUGAAGCACACAUUCGCAGUGCAGAUAUGGAGUUAUUGCUCCUGAUGAUGCGACUAGUGAUGCGCAUCAACAGCCAUUUGCGCGUCAUUUUGAUGUCUGCUACCAUGGAGGCGGACUUUUUUGGGAACUACUUCGCGGAAUUUUCCGACCAGCCACCGGUACCGCUGUCCGUGGGUGGCCGCCUCUUCCCGGUGAAUGUCAUGCACUUGGACGACCUCGUUGAUGGCCGAGUCCCAGGUGGGAAGCUCCCGAUCAGGCUGAGGAGACGCGUGGCGAAGGCUGCGAAGAAUGCCUUCAAACCAGAGAUUCUGAAUAGCAUAGGCGAAGCAGAUUUGGAAAGUCAGGUGGUGCCCAAAGUGGCUCCACCCAUUCGGGAGGUGGUUCAGGAAAUGAUUCCAGUGGUGGCUGAGGGUGGCUCGACCAUCCUGGUCUUCAUCCCUGGCUAUGCGGACCUGGUGCGGAUGCACAGCUGGCUCUACUGGAACCUGCCCACAGCUGGGUCAGUGAACAUGGGCUAUGUACCGCCCAAGCCGGAACAGCUCACGGAAGAUGAUGAGGAGGAAGAGCAGGAAGACUUCGACGAAUUUCAGGAGUUUCAGGGGAUGGAGGGGCCUCUUGCAGAGCCUCCGCAUGCCAAACGGCCAGAUGGCGAUGCACUGGAAAACACCAGCGGCGGGAUUAAGUUUCGGCUCUUUGCCUUGCAUUCCCAGGUGGCGCAGGAAGAUCAAGAACUGGUGCUUCAGAAGCCACCAUCCAACAUUUGCAAUGUGGUCUUGGCCACCACCAUUGCAGAAUCCUCCCUGACGCUGCCAGAAGUCAUUGGUGUGAUCGAUUUUUGUGUUCACAAGACCAGCAUUGGAGAUCCCAGCCAGAUGGGUCUCUGCAAGAUUUCUGCCCAAUGGUGCGCUCGCUCAGCUUGCUUGCAACGCGAGGGCCGUGCCGGUCGAACGCAGCCAGGCUGGUGUAUUCGGAUGGUCCCUGAGAAGUUCUUUCGCGCCUUGCGCGAAUAUGACGUGCCUGAGAUUCUCCGCACCCCCUUGACCACUCUGUACCUGAAGGCUAAGGGCAUAGCUGAUGGUCUCAGCGAAGUGGUGGCCAACGACGAAGAACUGCAACAGCAACUCAGUUUGGAGGCUGCCAACCCAGGUGAGCUCCUGCAGCAGUUGCUGGCUCCUCCCAUGACCGAAGCCAUCGAUGCAGCGGUGUAUCAACUGGCACGGCUGGCAGUUUUGACCGAAGAAUCUCCCAAUUCCAAGGUCACCGUCUUGGGGCGUUUGGCGUUAUUCUUACCUUUGGACAUCCAACUCUGCCGCUUGGUGUGGCUGGGCUGCCAUUUCGGCUGUCCCGCGGAGGCGGUGGUCAUGGCUGCAGCCUGCAGCACGGCGUCACCCUUUGCCAACCCGUCACGCCUGGGCUUCCAAGAUCCGGAUGAAUUCACCCAGCACCUGGCAGACACUGCGGCGGCCUGGCGUUUCUUUGAUGCCGGCCACUUCUCAGAACCCAUCGCCUUGUUCCGACUCUUCCUGGGCUGGCUGCGACGCCUCAAGUUGACGCCCGUGCGCAGUAGCACGACCCAGCGCUGGUUUCGCGCUACCAAUAUGCUGGAGAAAGAUGCUGCCAUAGAUCCCUCGCGCAUGACGGCCUUUGUCUCCUUUGUGGCCGACCUGGCGAUUCGCUGCCGCGACUUGUGCUGCAGCGAGCGCGACGAGGCGCUCAGCUGCCGCGUGCGCCGCGACCUGCACGGCCUGGUGCUGCUGUUGAGGCGACCGGACAAGAGCCGGGAGGAGCAGCGGAAACUGACGGAUGAUGACUACGUCCCGGACAUUGGUGCCAUCUUCCGCGCCUCCGCGAGCAAACUCUAUGCCCUGCUGGCGGCUGCCUUCUCGGAGAAUCUGCUGACAGGCAGUCACAUCAAAUCCAAAGAUGUGGACGCCAUGUUGGAUGCCUUGGAGAUUCUCGAGCCCAGUGGCUUAGCAUCGCAGGAUGCGGUGCUGAUUCCGCAGCACGGCAUCAAGCGAUCGGAUGAGGAGUUGGCCAAGCUCCUGGAAACCAUCACCGGUGAAGAACCAAAGCAGGUGGAGCAAAGCAGCCGAUUCAUUGCGGUGAGAUUCAAGGAAGAGGCUGACAGCACCCCCCACUGGUUGCGCGGCAAAUCUGCCCUGGUGUCCCGUCGCCAUGAUCCCCGGACCAUGGGUCUGGGCCCCGCGGUGGAACCUCGGCUGAAUGCGGUGAAUAUGGCGCCGCGGCUGUGUCACAUGUCCGCGGGCGGCCCGCGCCGCUUCAGCAUUGGGGAUGCCGAGUUCGCGCGGGCGGUGUCGCCCUAUGAGUUGGAGUUCAGUGUGGUCCACGAAGCCCGAGGCAAUCGGCGCUACAUGCCGGGCCUCUUCAGCGAACAAACGCCCCUAGGCUUCCCGUGCCACGUGGUGAGUCCGGACCAGCCCCUGGGCUCGUCGUCCUCGUCCUUCGCCUCGGUGGCGUCGGAGAUGAUCCUCUCGGAAUUUGGGGCAGCCAGGGUGAACAACACCACUUUGCUAAUGGCUGAAGAGUUGGUCUUCGCGUUGAUCACCAUGUGCCCUGUGGGCAUUUCUUUGGAGCUGGGCUUCGGUCAAGGCCCCGGUGGUUCUGAGGCAGCAGCCCAUGCGGCCCUGAUGGGUUUGCGCUUCCAUCGCCGCUCAGAGCCCGUUCUGUUCCGCCGCUGCUUGCCGGGGAUGGCAACCUUGGAGAUGGUGAAUCGGAUCAGAACGGCCAUCAUGGAAAACCUUGUAAGUCCAGCUGAGACCAAUCCAGAUGGACAGGAGAUUUUGCUGUGGGAAGAUGUGGAGGCUCAAAAGGACUUCGAGGACUUGAUUGCCAUGGUGGAAAAUGCCAAGACCAUCGAAGAGAUGGGUGGGAUGUAUGGUGCCCAGUCCAUGCCAGUGAUGUGGAUCCGACAUCGGCCCAACUUGCGGAAGCAGGGGGAGACCGAGGAGAAGGAGGAGGACUUGGAGGAUUUUCUUUUUCGAGACGAUGAGUUGGAUGAAGAUGCAGAUGUUCAGGCUCUGCAACCCAUUGCUGUCAAAGACACCGUGGAACACACUGUGGCUUACAAGGCCGCUGAAUUAUCUCCACAAAUCCAACAUGCACAUGAAUGUCCUGACUGUGGUGAGCGCUUUGAUGAUUGGCCCAGCUGUUUGGAACACUUGGUGUCCACAGGACAUUUGGAUGUCUCCACCAGAAAGCUGGAGAUGCAGGCGAAGAAGUUGACUCAGCCUGUGAGAUGGAGGUGCUUGGAAUGUUUCGAGGGCUUUCAGACCAUGAAGGAUCUGGAACAACAUCUUCAAGAGUCGGGGCACCUUAGUUGGGCUGCUCCAAAACGAAAAGUCGCUGGUAAAGCAGGUACACAGAUGUUGCUGUGCAAACCUCGUCCCAUUCCGGGCUUAGACACCUCCAAAUUGGAGCCUUCAGAGCCGUCGGAGCCGUCGGGAUUUUUCCGCUCCCUGGGAGCUUCUCUCUGGACCCGAUCGCCCCCAACAGGCUCGGGCAGCGGAGGUUUGCUGCAUCCCAAUGAGGCCACGGAACAGAUGAUCGCAGACUGUGAUUUGCCGCUGGGUGCCAAGGAUACGCUGAGGAAAUGCGCUGGAUGGGAUGUGAGGUAUGUCCUGAACAGCUACAACGCGGUGAAGAAAGAGCACGUGAAACGCCCAACUGCCUGGAUCAAUGGAAUCUUGAAACGAAUGGCGGACCAAAGCCUUGUCACUCCACCAGAAUGGGAUUCCUUGCUGUUGAGCCUUGACGACUUAGAUCUCGAUUUUAAGGCCAGGAUUCCACUGAAACAGAUUCCGCUUGAAGAUGCUAAGCUUUUGGUGAAGACCUUGCGAGAGGACUUGGCCACCAUACAGGCCCGCCCGAAUGGAGUGGAGACGUAUUUGCGGCUUGAGAUUCAAAAAGUGAAGGCUGCAGCCAAAGGGCAGAAACAAACACCCAGCCCCUCGCCCAAGAAGGAACCGGCAGCUCAGGCCAAGGUGCCUGAAGCCACGGAGCCCAAGCAGCUAGCGGAGUCAAAGAUCAAGAAACCACCGCCGCUGCUGCCGCCUCCAAUCCCAGCACCACCGCCGCUGCCGCUUCAAAUCCCAGCACCACCCGAGCCGGAGGCAGCCGAAGCGUUGGCGGCGAAUGGUCCGGAAGGUGCCACCAAGGCCAAAAGACUGCCGGCUAAAAUACUCUCCGAUGCGUGCGAGAAAGAAGGCGUGACAAUUGGUACAUCGUGGCACCAUGUCUCACUGAUUGUUGUCACCAGCUGCGCAGAGUGUGGGAAAAUGACCUGCAGUGCAAAGCGGCAAAGCGCUCGCU